UUUGAACAAACUUCCAGAGUUUUGCGCGCUGUGUGGAACGCUGAUGUUAUCCCGUGGUAAAACCUUAGCUCAUUGACAAUCCUCAGUUCACGACUAUACCUCCAGAGACAUAUGAGAUAAAAAGCGACAUUCGAAGAAACACUUUUCCGAUUUGUGGGGGUAAACUGAUAAAAAGUUUGCAGGAAAUCUGUCUGAAUUUAUCAAAAAAACUUUUCAUUAAAAGCUUUAAGUUGCAGCAGUGCUUUCCGGGACCAUAAAAACUCUGUAGUUGGUUGGAAAUCUCAGCCAUAAAAAUUAUAUUAUUAUCUGUAAAUUUCAGGCAAGUAGAAAAAAGUAGUGAAAAUGCAUAUGAGAAUGCUGGUGAAGGAAUAUAUGGGAAAGUAUUUAAGGCAGAGGAUGUACUCCACGAAACCUCUGCACGUUUGCGUUGUGGGCAGUGGUCCAGCUGGAUUUUAUACUGCAGAAAAGAUGUUGAAGAGAUACCAGGAAGCAACUGUAGAUAUAAUUGAAAGAUUGCCUACACCUUUUGGGCUGGUGCGUUCUGGCGUGGCACCUGAUCAUCCAGAAACAAAGGUUGUAAUCAACCAGUUUUCUCGUGUUGGUACAAAUGAACGGUGCUCAUAUUUUGGCAAUGUGUGCCUAGGAAAAGAUAUCUCUCUUUCUGAGCUUCAAAAACUGUACCAUGUGGUUGUACUUGCUUAUGGGGCAGAAAGUGACAGAAAACUUGGCAUUCCAGGCGAGGAAUUAGCUGGAAUCUUUUCUGCAAGGGAGUUCGUUUGGUGGUACAAUGGCCAUCCAGACUGCACAAAUCUGUCAGUGGACUUGCAGAGUACUGAUACGGCAGUCAUCAUUGGUCAGGGUAAUGUAGCUCUUGAUGUUGCUAGGAUUCUUCUACGUCCAUUAAAGGAACUGGCUACUACUGAUAUUGCAGAGCAUGCCGUAUCUGCACUGCAGAAAAGUUGCAUCAGGAAAGUGUAUUUAGUUGGAAGGCGUGGACCUGUGCAAGCAGCUUGCACAGCAAAGGAAUUAAGGGAAAUACUUGGUAUACCAGGGGUGAAUCUGCAUAUAAAGGAGGCAGAUUUAGUAACUUCAUCACUGGAUGAAGAAGAAAUGAAAAAAAAUAGAAGUCAAAAACGUGUAUAUGAGCUGUUUAGUAAAGCUGCUGGUUCAUUGACUUGCCGCCAAAUUUCCAACUUCAAGCUUGAUCUUCACUUUGUUUUCUUUAAACAGCCAGAAAUAUUUUUGCCUACGAUUGAUCAGAGAAAGGUGGCGGGUGUCAGAUUUGAGAAGACGGUUUUGAAAGGGGAUGAUGCUACUGGUCGUCAGUAUGCAAUGGGCACAGGAGAGUUUGAAGAAAUUAAAUGUGGGCUGGUUUUCAAAAGUGUUGGGUACAAGUCAUUGCUUGUAGAUGGAUCACCUUUUGAUCAGAGUAAAGGCAUUGUACCCAAUUCUAAAGGCCGUGUCUUGAUGCCAAGCAAAACAGAUAAUGCCUCCUACAUAAAUGGAUUAUAUGUUGUUGGAUGGCUGAAGAGAGGUCCUACAGGUAUCAUAGGGACGAAUUUAUAUUGUGCAGAAGAAACGGUUGAGAGCAUUUCAGAGGAUAUCAGAGUCAGUUUGUUAGGUGGAUGUCACUCUUCACAUCCUGGAAGGGUGGGCCUGCUUGAAGCAUUACGAACAAAAGGUGUUCAGUAUAUAUCUUUCAGUGGGUGGGAGAAGAUUGAUACAAAAGAAAAAGAAUCGGGAUCUGUGAAAGGCAAACCCAGAGAGAAGAUCACUUCAUGGCAAGAGUUGUUACAAGUUGCAAAUGCAUAGAUGUGCUGGAAAAGAGAGUUCCAUUGUCAUAACAUCUUUAGUUCAAGCCAGUGUAAUGCAUAGGAUUGUUUUUCUAUUGUUAUUAUGGACUAUCAUAAUUAACCAAAGAUGGGAAAACUCUAACAGCUCCUGAUGUUUAAUGUGUAAAUUACUGGAUGUGACUUCUGUGCACCUAGCUGUAGAAUUUUAAUCUACCGUCAUGGAUGUUCCUCUGCUUUCUAUUUCGAUUAAUAUCAUCUUAUAGACAGUAUGCAACAAAUUGACCGAAGGGGGAGUAAUUGUAAUAUUUGCUUGGUGAGACCCCAGCAAUCCCUGAUGUUUUUUUUUGAUUGAUUGUGGAGCUGGCUCUGUUUGGUAAAUCCAGAGGAUGAUUAGCCCUAGAUAUGCUAUGGUCUUUCCACAUAAUGGAUAUUUUCAGGUGUAUAGAUCUGCUUACAUGUCCGAACUUUGAAUAGCUUAACCAUAAGCUGAAAUCCAUGUCAGGUAAAGCAUUUAAAUGUAUAAUGCUUAGUUUGUAUGGAAAUCGGUUUUAUAAGUUAUACAAUCUUAAUGGAUUUUUUAUAGUUGGCAAUAUGAUUUCCUCGUUACAUUGCUGACCCCAAGUGUGUUGUUGGAGUAGAAACAUAGUGACAAAUGUGUUUAAAGCACCUGAAACAAAGCUGAAUUUUUUUUU